AUCGCCUCUCAGCCUCUCAACCCUCUCUCUUUUUGCCAACUCUCUCUCUCUCUCUCUAUAUAUAUAUAUACAACAAUGGCCAGAUUCAGCAGCGUCGUUUUGGUGCUAAUGGCUUCUCUCUUGUUGGCCUCAACAAGGGCACAAUCCCCUACUUCACCCUCUAAUGCUACCGCACCGCCCCCUGAAUCUCCAAAGAACCCUCCACCUUCCCCCUCUAAUGCUACCGCACCACCCUCUAAUGCUACCACAAAUGCCACCAACGGCGCCGUUUUGAAUAGAUUCUCCGCUGCCGGAUCUGUGGCCGUUGGGUUUUUCGCUGCUGUCUUGGUUAUGUAGAGUGGGUUUUUAAUUAUGAGUAUUUUUAGUGUGUGUUUAUGGAUUUUGUUGUAAAUGCAUGAGUUGGUGGAUGACCACCAUACCUCUUAGCAUUCACCAUUUUUAAUUUUAUGUAACCUAUACACUAAAUACCAUAGUUAUGUGCUUGUAACU